CGCCCCGUUCCCCACGCUGCUCUGCUCAGUCCUGCAGGCCCCAGCGCUCACGGCCAUCCCAGGACCGUUCCUCUGCCCUCACUGUGUGACUCCAUACGGUUUGGUCCCCUGGAUCUGCUGAAGUUCUGCUCCUUUUGGUAUAAACUGUCCUAACGGCAGGUCAAGCAAUGAAAAAAAACAAGAUAAAUUCCUAAAAACUGAAAAGCCUGUUCAUUGGUUCAUUGGGCGUGUCUGUGAGGUUGGUGUGAUGGAGUGUGUGUGUGUGUGCGUUCAUUUAUCUACAAUCAUGCAGCAGGAAGUACAAGGUACUCGGGAUAAUGACCUUAAUUUCAUUGACUCAUAACUGCACAAUGUCUUGGCUGCUGGAGGGAUGUUGUGUGGGAGCUUAAAAGCAGUUCUCAGGUAUUUUGACGUCAUCCUGGCGUCCUCCUGGUGUCCUCUUCAUGUGAUUUUGGUGUGAAAUGUAAAAGUGGUUGAUUUCGGUUAGACCUAAUCUGUACUUCAUGCUGAUAACCCUUUCCCCAGCCACUGAGCGGAGUGUGUUACUCACAGUGUGCAGUGGUGGUUGCUGACUGACAGGGAUGCCUGAAGAGGAUUUCAACACAUGAAGGAUCCAAAGCUGUUUAUCUUACAGGAAAACGACCAGUAGGUUGCAGCAAAGAAGCUAAAGCUAACCCUAACCCACUUCAUCAAAUGGAGGAUCAGCCUGCUUAUGUCAGCACCACAUGCUGUGGGAAAGACCUGUCUCCUCAUCAGCUACACCACCAAUGCCUUCCCUGGGGAGUACAUCCCCACUGUGUUUGAUAACUACUCCGCCAAUGUGAUGGUGGACGGCAAGCCAGUUAACCUGGGCCUGUGGGACACAGCAGGACAGGAGGACUACGACAGGCUGCGCCCGCUCUCUUACCCACAGACGGACGUGUUCUUGAUAUGCUUCUCGCUGGUGAGCCCCGCCUCCUUUGAGAACGUCAGGGCCAAGUGGUACCCAGAGGUCCGACACCACUGUCCCAACACCCCCAUCAUCCUGGUGGGCACCAAACUGGACCUUCGGGAUGACAAGGACACCAUCGAGCGCCUUCGGGACAAGAAGCUGGCCCCCAUCACGUACCCGCAGGGCCUGGCCAUGGCACGGGAGAUUGGUGCAGUGAAGUACCUGGAGUGCUCAGCGCUCACCCAGCGAGGCCUGAAGACGGUGUUUGACGAGGCGAUCCGGGCCGUCCUCUGCCCUCCCCCCGUCAAGAAGCGCGGCAAGAAGUGCUCCAUCGUCUGAGGGGCCGAAGAGGAUGGAGGGGGGGGGCACCGUCUCAGGAGCACCAUGGCAUGGGGGGGGCACGGGGACUUACUUCUGGCACUGCUGCUGCCGCACGAUCAGAGCCUCGGGCUCUUUUCUGAGGCGUCUCCGACCAAGCGAUUCCAAUCCAGAAAUGUGGGCGGGGCCUGAGGGAGGGGGGCGUGUCAGAGUUUUUUUUAAACUGUCAAACAAACUGUCUGAAUUUGCCUUAAUCAGUCGUAAAAUUAGAGGAGUUAUCCCUGGAAAGGACUCAACCCCUUUAUUGACUUCAUAACCGUAUUAAGACAGGAAGCCACCACACCCCCCCCCCCCCCCCCGCUCCCUCACAUUGACUAACAGCUCUUCUGCAGCGUGCCAGUGAACAUUUAUUUUUUGUCUGUAUUUUUGUUUUCACAUAUUUUGGUCUGUGAAUGUACAGUGUGAUGGUGUUUAUGUCUGUUGUGAAAAGUGUCUGUGGUUCUAGCUGCCUAGGGCAGCGGAAAAGCGGACACUGCUCUGGUAGGGGACAGUACGAUCAGAAGGGUUUUUAUUGGUUGACGUUUCUUACAUGGUGUCUGAGGCGUAUCAUUUCAUAAGAAGUCAUCCCGUGACACUGACUCCUCUUGUGACAAAUGUCUUUUUAAAAUUGCAAAUUGACUAGAGCGUGCAGGUUAUUUGGUUUGUAGUUUUUGCCUCUUUAUCACAAUUUUAAAGGGUCCUUACCCCUUUGUACCAAGUCAGAGGACAGUAUAUUUACUAAGUGAAAUCAGGCUAAUAGAACAAGCUAAUGGAAAAAAAAUGCGUUCUUUAACAAGAAGGCUGAAGCUUUGUGAGGCUCCGUUUAAUUCCAGCGUAAAGUUGUCCUCUCUCCAGUAUUAAUGUGUCUCAUCCUGGGGAUUCAGCCGAGCUGCGACCUGUUUUAGCCCGUCGCUGGCUCCAGACCUCUUUCCCUUCUUACUGCGUCAGGGCCCACCUGUGACAUAACUGAACAGAAAGUGGCCUUUGACAAGCCUGGGCAGUCCAGCACAGAGUCCUGUGAGUAUAGACCAUGUUUACUGCUACAAACGAACACAGGGGAUGAACAGGAUGGUGAUGUGCCAUUGUGACUAGUAUUCGGAGACCAGUAUGCCAAAUUUACAAGCCACAGAACCCUUCCAUCUGUAGAGCCUUGUGUUGAAACGUAAGGCUUAAAGUGGGCAUCCUCAGUUUAAUUUCUUUCUGGGGACUUAAAAAACGUGUAUUUCCUGUUUGUCUUAGUUGCCAACUGUGCAUAUUUAACGAUUGAGUGCAUGUUUUUGUGUGUGUGUGUGAGUGAGAAAUUGUGUGCAUGCACACACAGGUGGAUGUUUGUGUGUGUGUGUGCGUGUGUGUGUGUGAACAAGAGAUUGUGUGCAUGCAUGCACAGGUGCAUGCAUGCCUGCAUGUGUGUAUUUCAGAUUUUGGAUUGCUCAAGUAGACAGCAAUGUUGUGUGUUGUGUCUGUGAUAAUCCACUUCACUUUACAAAAUAACUCUGGAAACGAGCAAAAAAGUUUAAAAGAAUGACAACAAAAACACUUUAUUUGUAUUAAUCAUUGCCAAAAGAAACUCCUGUGUUAAUUAUGUGUAAACUUUGAGGAGGUAUGCAUUAUUAAAGAACAUUUUUUGAAUGUAUUUAACGAUAUUACCUUUAUUUUAUUUGCUAAAAAUAAAUUUAGACUCUAGAAUGAGGAUACUAGAGAAUUGUUAGCCUUGCUGUUUGUGUAAUUUGACAUUAUUUCUUUUACACAUCCGUCUACUUCAACUGACUUGAAUUUCUAAGUAGUAUCAUUAAGCUUAGGAGGGAAUAACUAAGUGUCUCCCUCUGCUGGUGAUCUUCGGGGAUACACAUUUUCAAUGUUGUGAAGGCAUUGGAUUUGCAAGCUUGUUGACUCUGUGGGCAUGGCAAACACGUCCAGUUAACAAAAUAUGUGUCUGAGGCGAUGCUCUGAACUGUUUUAACUGCAUGGUAACGCCCUGGAACCUGACGACAGAAUGUAUUGUUCUGGAGUCUUAGGGGGUCAGUGGUUGGUGUCGUAGGAAAGCUCCUAGUUUGCGGUGUAUUCCAUGCUUGGAUAUCCGUCUCAUUAUUUUGUAUAUUUUUUUUCAUGUCUUGAAGUAUUGUGGGAGAAAAAAAACAAUUUUGUAUAAUAAAUAUGAACUAUGAAGUAAAUCUU